GCAAGAUUGCAAUAUGAGACUAUCAGUGGUGUUCUUGAUCUUGACGAUUGUGGUGUGUGCCCUGUUCCAGGAAUCCGAAUCCUUCUUUUUUAAAACAAAAUCAAGGAAAUGUAAAAAGUGUUGUUGUAAACGCCGAUGCCGUAAAACAACUACCACCACCACCACCACCACCACCACCACUACCACCACCCCAGCCACAGGUAGAAAAAGACGCGACAUCAUGGACUCAAUUCCAUUUGAAUUCGAAAAUUUAAUCCAGAAUGGAAAUUACAACAAAUUUGAAAAUUCAACUUUAGAUGGAAUCUAUGAUAAAAUGUCAAAACUUUAUUAG